AUGAUAUUCCAGAGGUGGGAAUUUCGAAACAGCCAUAAGGAUGACAAGCGCGGGAGGCUCAUAAUUUAAAGGGAUCUCCAACGCCAAUCAAACUUAGCGGAAAGAAAUAUGAAAAACAUAAGAAAAAACCCCAUUUUACUCUUCAAAUCUGUCUCCCCUACAUAUUUAACUCCCCUACUGCUUUUUUAAUCGAUUUUGCUCCGUUGUUUGAAUAAUUGGAAGCAAAUCUGCAGAGUAUAAUAUAACAGGGCAUUUACAGGCCAUUGAUUAAAAUGGGUGACAUAUUUGAUGACGAAAAUGAGCCAACACUGACCAUGAAAGAAUACAUCGAAGGCGUUGAAGCUCAAGAACUGGAGGCUGAUUUGGUAUUAGGAGGGGAUGAAGGCAAGGAAUGCACAUACUCGAAGGGUUACAUGAAAAGGCAGGCCGUAUUUUCAUGUCUCACAUGCGUUCCGGCGGGCAAUGCCGGCGUAUGCACUGCCUGCUCUUUGACCUGCCACGACGGCCACGAGGUGGUGGAAUUGUGGACCAGAAGAAAUUUCAGAUGUGACUGUGGGAAUACAAAGUUUGGUGAUAGCCAUUGCAAGUUACUUGCAGAUAAAGAUAGUGAGAAUGAUAGAAACAAUUACAAUCAGAACUACAAGGGUAUGUACUGUACAUGUCACAGACCAUAUCCUGAUCCUGACGGAGAGGACCAAGGAGAGAUGAUUCAAUGCUGCAUCUGUGAGGACUGGUUCCAUGAAAACCAUCUUGGUCUAGAAUCAGCAGAGAAGAUACCGAAAGAUGACGAAGGAGAACCCAUAUAUGAGGAUUUUGUUUGCCAAGACUGCGCCUUUCGAUGUUCUUUCUUGACCUUUUAUCAAGAGAUCUCUAUGCCAACAUCAAUUCUUAGCGAGACAUCUACAAGCAAUGGUCUUACACAUAUGCAGCAAGAGAACUGCAAUACAAAUGAUACUGAAAGGAGAAUUUUAGAAGGCAUUCUUACUGCGGAACAUACAGGGAAUCCUCAGCUUCCCAGUCCUGGCAAUGCCACUGUCAAGGAAAAUGAGCUGGUGAUAAAGCCUACUUUGCACGCUAGUGAUAAUUCUUGUUUGGGUCAUCAUUCAAAGCUUCAAAAUCCAGCAAUUCCUGAAAACAAUUUAUCUAGUUCCAAGCCUGGGAAUACAAUGGUAGUGUCAGAAGAGCCUCUGUCAUCCUCUUCAUGUGCAGCCAAGGUAAACUCAACUCAAAUUGUUGACAGUAGCAAUCAGAAAGCAAAACAGUUUGGAGGAGAGGGUACAACUUCCAUUGAAAAUAGUAAUGGUGGGCAUUUGGUUGGGAAUUCUGGUUUGCUGUUAGAUCAGACCUUGAAUGGAAAAGUUUUAUAUGAGGGGAUGCAGUGCAAGCUUAAGAACAACACUGCCAUUUUUCUACAAACAACAGAGACAAAAAAGCCUCUAUUUCUUAACAGAAAUUGGAGGGAGAUUCUUUGUAGAUGUAAAAGUUGCUUUGAUUUAUGUACAGCUAUGGGAGUUACAUUUUUGCUUGAUAAGGAUGAUUCACUUGAGGAAUACGAGAAAAUUGCUAAGCAGAGGAGAGAAGAGAAAUUGCAACAACAGGAAGGUGCUGAAGCAGCAUUCCUUAAGAAUCUUGACCAUACACAACAAAUCGAGCUUCUCAGUGGUUUUAAUGAUAUGAAAACUGAGCUACAUUCUUUCCUUGAAUCUGUGGGCACUACAAGACCUGUUACAGGUGCAGAUAUUAAUGAGUUUUUUGAUAAUCUCAAGCGCAAGAGGCAGCGUAUCAUCUGAUCUUGUUUUGACGUUAGAAAAACUAUAUACAUAUCAAAUCUCUGAUAUAUGAUCAACCUAGGUUUUCUGUAUUUGAAAGCAUAUUUCUAGUGUGAAUAUAUCGACAAUUUAGAUUUGUCGGUCAAAUAUAGGAUAGCCCAGUGGAUGUAGCUCCUGGCUUAGCCCAGGUGCACUCUGAUAAAUUUGAUUCACCAUAUCAACUGAGAAGAAGUCCAUGGAUAAACCGAGGAUUUUCCCAACACUACAAAUUGGACAUCAGCUUCAUGCCUUUGAUAAAUGUACCUGUACCUUUUGCAGUUAUGCUUUAUUUCUUCAACAUGUUUCCUAACAUCACUGCCUGAGAAAAUAUAUUAUCUAUUAAUAUUCUAAUCUUUUAUUGCACUCUA